GCAUCGUGCUCGCUGGCCACCUGCUCGGUCAUUGUCAUGUACCGUCGUUUAGGAUUUCAUCGGUGAACUGUCCACUGUCCGCUCCUUAACGCCGUGUUGACCUACAUGCUCGCAGCCCAGAUAAGCUCCGGCAGCAGAGAACUAGCUAACAUUAGCUGUGUAUUGUCACAUACUGUACUUUGGACUCAUGACAGCCUGUGGAUUCAACAGAUAAAUAUGACUCCAGAGACGUGGAGAGGCUCCAGACGGACGAUGCCCUGGUGGAGGGUUACCUGACGUGGAGAAUUUAUGUGGUGGAAGAUGCCUUGAAAAUGAUCGACGAGAGUCUUCAGUGGAGGAAAGAAUACGGUGUGAACGAGAUCACUGAGGGCACCAUUCCCAGGUGGAUGUUUGAGACCGGCGCUGUUUACCUUCACGGCUAUGACAAAGAGGGCAACAAGAUCUUCUGGUUCAAAGUAAAGCUACACGUCAAGGAUGCAAAAACAAUUCUGGACAAGAAGAAGUAUGUUGCCUUCUGGCUGGAGCGGUAUGCAAAGAAAGAGCCAGGGAUGCCACUUACUGUUGUGUUCGACAUGGCCGAGUCCGGCCUCAGCAAUAUAGACAUGGAGUUUGUGAAGUACAUUAUUAAUUGCUUCAAAGUAUUUUAUCCAAAAUUGUUAUCCAAAAUGAUCAUCGUGGAUAUGCCUUGGAUCAUGAAUGCGGCGUGGAAGAUUGUAAAGUCUUGGUUGGGUCCCGAGGCCAUCAGCAAACUGAAAUUUGCGUCCAAAUCCGAGGUCCAGACAUUCAUAGGCCCUGAGUAUCUGCCCCCUCACAUGGGUGGGACGGACCCCUUCAAGUACAGCUACCCACCUCUUCCUGACGAUGACUUCAAAACACCCAUCUGUGAGAAUGGGCCCAUUGUCAGUGAGGACGAGACGGAGAGCAAAGAGGGGGAAAUGGAGAGCAGAGACGCCCUGGAGUCCAGCUUCAACUCUGAGGUGGCAGUGAAGCCCAAAAAGGUGAAUUUCCUGGAAGACAGUGUGAAGGCCGAGGACAAUGAUAGAGGAGACACAAGUGCCCGGACCAGAGGAGCCAGGAAGCCGCUGACCACCUUCAAAGGCCCUUUGCUAGACGUCAGCCCUGCAGAGGAGCUCAGCUUUGGUUCUGGAGAGACGGAGAAGAAAUGUCUCAUUAUCCUGAGCAAUGUGACCAAAAAUCAAGUGGCCUUCAAGGUGCGGACCACAGCACCUGAGAAGUACCGAGUGAAGCCCAGCAGCAGCUGCUGUGAACCAGGAGCUUCGGUCGACAUCGUGGUGUCCUUACAUGGAGGAUCUCAGGCCUCGCCGCAGGACAGAUUUUUGGUCAUGGCGGCUGAGAUGGACAAUGCUGGAUCACAAGAACUUGCGCAGUUCUGGAAAGAAGUACCGAAAGCCAAGAUCAUGGAACACAGAUUGCGCUGCCACGUUCUGGAGUGCGUUAAACCGACAGCGAGCCCCCUCAGGGACAGUCCUGUGGACACGGGGAGCAGCGGGCAUCAUGAUUUAGACACAGCGCUCAUGCGCAUGAUGAACUGCAACUCUCGGCUGGAGCAGAAGCUGAACACAUGUCUGUGGGUGCAGAAGGUCCUCAUGGUGUUGGUGCUGGUGCUCGUGAUGCUGAACCUACAGUGUCUCUACCUGCUGGCUACAGCCCAGCGGCCAUCUUGACGCGCCGUCCGCUCCCUCCACCUGAAAUUCGUCCACCACAGACACACACAGACGGUUCCAGUCUGGCCACGGUCAACCACCCGAGGGACGGUCGCCGUGCGCUCCCCCCACGGGUCGCUGUCUUAGAGAGGAGGAGCGCUGACUUUAGGGACAUGUGAGUCGUUAUGAAGUUAUUAUAUGAAGAGGUUAUACUCGUCUCUCUCGCAGACACUUGAGAAUAACUAUAACAGAGACAUUUUUAACAAUGUGACAUCAAAUCAUUUAUGCAUUUUUUUUUAAAGACUGCUCAUGGAAAAAUAAAUGUGUAUUUAUUGCAAAAGUCUCAAUAUUUAGGAAAGAUGAGUUAUUUUUGUGAUCAUUAUGUACAAUUUUUUACAUUAUAUAAAUCUACAGAAUAUAAAAUAAACUCUCGUUUUUUCCAACUUA